CAUAAAUGUCACAAUUAACAAUCGAGAAUUGAUUAAAGUUGAAAACACUCUCUCUCUCUCUCUGCGCUUUAAAGUUUCAGAAAAAUGGGGGCAGAAAGCAAAGUAUUCACCUAUUCAGAUGUUUCUGCUCACAAAACUUCUGAUGAUUGUUGGGUCAUAAUCAAUGGAAAGGUGUAUAAUGUUACAAGCUACUUAGACGAGCAUCCCGGCGGUGACGAGGUCAUCUUGGGACAAGCAGGCAAUGACGCAAGUCAAGAAUUCGAAGACGUAGGUCACGGCAGCGCGGCUAGAUUGAUGUUGGAUGAAUUCUACGUCGGCGAGGUGGACCCCACCACAAAAGUCGACGCCGUGGAUUUGCCGCCGACAAAGGUUCAAGAUUCCGACGACAAGGAAAAAUCGAAGGAGUCGACUAAGUUUCUUCACUUUCUACUAUCACUUGGAAUCGUGGGAUUGGCUUUAGCGUUUCUAUUGUUCAACUUCUCUAGAUAAAAUGUAGAAACAAAUUGUUCAAGAAAUUGGUUGGUGAUCUUGACAAACACAUGCUCUUCUUGGAUGGAUGUAUCAUUAUCUCACCUUCAUUUGUAUCAUCUCAUUCGUGUAAAUUUUCGCAUUUUAAUUUGAAUAAAUUUUUUGUUACUUCUAAUCAAA